AUGUCAUCCUUCACUGAGAUGAAUGGUUCCAGCAACAACCCAGACAGGAGGCAUCCUUCGAAGGAGAAUGACCUAGAACAAGGGACACAGAGGCUACGAAAGACCCUGCUCCUGCACUCACAUGUGACAUACGGGACAGUCCCAAAGGUGAGCAAGGCUCCUGGGGACUCAGGCAGUCGGUACUUCAUCCGAGGCUUUGCACCAGGGCCCCUGGAAGCCCCAGGCCCAUGGGUGGGCAGGAGCCUUCUGGCCUUCUCCAGACGUCCCAGCCCUGACUUUGCCUUGACCACAAUGUGCAGAAAUCCUUUGGUUCCCUCCUCGGUGGCUCAUGGCGGCCCUGAGCCGGCCAGGCCAGCUCCAGGAAGUGGGAACCAGGCCCUGAACAAGAAGACAGCUGGGGCCAAAGCGGACACUGUCACCGCCAGGAGCCCCGUACUAUCAGCCACGGUCAACCCCACUGUGUUCAUUGAUGGUGAGUCCUUGGGCCACGUCUCCUUCAAGCUGUCUGCAGACAAGUUUCCAAAGACAGCAGAAAACUUUCGUGCUAUGAGCACUGGAGAGAAAGGAUUUGGUUAUAAGGGUUCCUGCUUUCACAGAAUUAUUCCAGGGUUUAUGUGUCGGGGUGGUGACUUCACACACCAUAAUGGCACUGGUGGCAAGUCCGUCCAUCAGGAGAAAUUUGAUGAUGAGAACUUCAUCCUAAAGCAUACAAGUCCUGGCAUCUUGUCCAUGGCAAAUGCUGGACCCAACACAAAUGGUUCCCGGUUUUUCAUCUGCACUGCGAAGACUGAGAGUUUGGAUGGCCAGCACGUGGUCUUUGGCAAUAUGAAAGAAGGCAUGAAUGUUGUGGAGGCCAUGGAGUGCUUUGGGUCCAGGAAUGGCCAGACCAGCAAGAAGAUCACCAUUGCUGACUGUGGACAACUCCAACAAAUUUGA